CUUGUGGGGCAGCCUCCAUGGGCAAUGCCGGGGUCCCCCUGCUGCUGCUGCUGGUGGGGGCGCUGUCCUGGAUCCCUAGAAGCGAAGGGGGGAAGGAGCCCCCCGCCCAUUUCCUAGCCCAGUGGAAGCUCGACUGCCAUUUCCUCAACGGGAUGCAGCGGGUGCGACUCCUGGACAGGUACUUCUAUGACCGGCGGGAGAUUGUCCGCUUCGACAGCGACCUGGGCAAGUUCGUGGCCGUGGCGGAGUUGGGGCAGCGCUCGGCCGAUUACUGGAACCGCCGCCAGGACCUCCUGCGGCACAAGAGGGCCGAGGUGGGCGCCUUCUGCCGGCACAACUACAGGGUCUUCCAGGAACGGCCCCUGAUUGACCGGAGAACCAAGCCCACCGUCACCCUCUCCCCCACCAAGGUGGACCCCGCGUCCCCCAACACCAUCCUCCUCUGCACCGCGACAGGCUUUUACCCCCUGGAGAUCGACAUCCGGUGGCUGAAGAACGGGCGGCCAGAGAAGGAGGGCGUCGCCUUCGGGGAGGAGCUGCAGAACGGAGACUGGACCUACCAGCGCCAGGUGAUGCUGGAGACCCGGCCCGAGCGGGGGGAUGUCUACGCUUGCCAGGUGGGGCACGCCAGCCUGGAGGCCCCCAUCACCCUCCAGUGGGAGCCACGUUCCUCCAACUCUGCCAGGAGCAAACUCUGGACGGGGGCCGUGGGGGCCGUGCUGGGGGUGGCCUUCCUGGCUGUGGGGCUCUCCCUCUACCUGAAGAGCAAGAAAGCAACCCCCAUCCAACCCCCUGCAGCACUCAUGAGUUAAUCCUGCUAUUGCUUCCUGCUAUCAGAUGCAAAAGGAUGUUUUUUCAAUAGCUGAUGAAUUUCUGCCUUUUUUGCAACCCUUGAAGGAUGGAGGUUCGAGGUGGUGGGUUGGUGAGAGGGGAGAAUCGCAGCCUGGACCUUCUCCUGCCGAGACCCACCAGCUUCCUUUCAUGCCUCUCUUUC